AUGCUGUCUCGCUCGAUAGCACGGCUCUCCGUCCAGGGCGCCAAUGCCCUCAUGCCCGCCGCCCGCAUCCUGCCCGUGCGCGCACGCCCUCUCUCCACCGUCUCCAACACCCUCGAGCCCGGCAACGUCCCCGACGAGCUCAUCCGAUCCGGCGUGCACAAGACCUCCGAGCCCGCGAGAAGACCAACCGAAGCCGCAUCGGCCCCCUCCGCCUCCGCGCCCUCGUCCGCCUCCGCGCCGCUGCCCUCUCCGUCCGCCGAAGCGCCCUCGCAGGGCACCACGCCUCUUUCCGACUCGGUCAAGGAGCUGUUGCCGCUGCUGCAGGCCCAGAAGCCGCACUACAUCUCCGCCCACAUCCACGCGAGGCCCUAUCUCCUGACGGCCGGCGACACCUUGCGCCUGCCGUUCCUCAUGCACGGCGUGCAGCUCGGCGACGUGCUCCGCCUCAACCGCGCCACGCUCCUCGGAAGCAGGGACUUCACCCUGCGCGCCCCCGCCCCGGUCAAGGGCACGCGCGAACGCCCCGGCACCAUCAUGAAUUACUUGGAUGACAGGCUGUUCGUGUGCAGGGCCGUGGUCGUGGGCGUGGAGAGCGAGCCGAUGCGGGUGAAGGAGAAGACCAAGAGGAGAAGAAGGCAUGUCAGGCAUGCGAAGAGCAAGCACAGGUACACCGAGUUAAGGAUCACCGAGUUGACCGUCAGGACUACGGAGGAGGCAGAGGCCGCGAAUGUAGCAUAG